AGAAAGUGGAACCAUGACCAUGAUCUCCUCCAGCGUCCUUCACUAGUAGCCGGACAGAAUGGCUCAUUAGCUCUGCGCUGGUGGCUAACACGACGUAGAUAGACACCACGCAGGACGGACUCUGAGCCAUGUCUCUUCUCUUAGCUCUGAGCAUCGUCUGUGGAUUGAUGCUCCAUGUUUCACUCGGUGCACUCAACACUCACUACUGUGCCCCACGAAAGACUGUCCCAUAUCAGAAUGAGCUGAAGAUGUUCAGAGAGGAGGGGAUCUCCAACUACUCCACUAUGUUGAUGAGAGACGACCUGGGCGUGCUGCUGCUGGGAGCCAGAGAGGCCAUAUAUGCUCUGGACAUCGACGACAUCUCAGUGAGAAAGUCUGUGGUGUACUGGCGAGUGACCGAGGAGAAGCAGAUGGCGUGCACGGACAAGGGAAAAAACGCUGAGGUGGAAUGCCGCAACUACAUUCGAACCCUGCAUAGAGUGAAUGACACUGCGAUGUAUGUGUGCGGCACCAAUGCUUUUAGCCCCACCUGUGAUUAUAUGACUUUUGUAAGCGGACAGCUGAAGCUGCAGGGAAAGCAGGAGAAGGGGAAUGGGAAGUGUCCUUUUGAUCCCUUCCAGAGAUACUCCUCCCUCAUGGUUGGUAAUGACCUGUAUUCUGCUACAUCCAUCAACUUCUUGGGCUACGAGUCUGCGGUUCUGCGCAGUUCAAACUUGGUUCUCCGCACUGAGUUUAAGAGCUCCUGGCUCAGUGAUCCAAACUUUGUCUACAUGGACUUUGUUGGGGAGAGUUUUGACAGUCCAGAUGGCGACGAUGAUAAGGUGUACGUGUUCUUCAGCGAGAACGCCAUGGAGUACGACUUCUACAGCAAAGUCACAGUGUCACGAGUGGCCCGUGUCUGCAAGGGGGAUAUGGGCGGCCAGUGGACGCUGCAGAGGAAAUGGACGUCGUUUCUGAAAGCUCGUCUGGAUUGUUCCCUCCCUGAACCCAGCCUGCCCCUAAUAGUCCAGGAUGUCUUCCUGCUGAAGCACGAGGACUGGAGGAAGAGCGUCUUCUACGCUGUCUUUACGCCGCAGUCGAGUUUGUCCCAGGUUUCUGCUGUGUGCGCAUACAACGUCUCUGCCAUCAGAAAUAUUUUCAAUGAGGGAAAGUUCAAGAAAGCCGUUGCCGUGGAGACCUACUAUGUGAAGUGGGUGAUGCACACCGGAGAAGUGCCAGUCCCCAGACCAGGAGCGUGCAUCAAUGAUGUGGCACGCAAAAUGGGGAUAAACCGCUCUCUGGACCUUCCUGACCAAACCCUCAUAUUCAUCAGAGACCGUCCCCUCAUGGACGAGGCCGUUCCUCCGCUGACAGGAGGGCCGCUGCUGGUCAAGAGGGGAGCUUUGCUGACUCGGAUUGUAGUGGACAGCGUGCUGGCGCUGGACGGACAGAGAUACACUGUCAUGUUUAUUGGCACUGAAAAUGGCUUUGUUCAGAAGGCUGUUAACUACGCUGGAGAAAUGUUCAUCAUUGAGGAGAUUCAACUGUUUGAAAACCCUGAGCCGAUCAGCAUCCUGCGCCUCUCAUCCACCAAGGGUCUGCUGUACGCAGGUUCAGAUUUUGGUGCUGUUCAGAUGCCAGUCAUCAACUGCAGCCGCUACGACACGUGUGUGGACUGCAUCCUGGCCAGGGAUCCGUACUGUGCCUGGGACUUUUCCACUGAGCACUGCUCCUCGGUCCACAGCUUACCCCCGUCCCCAAUUACUGCAAUGCAGAGUCUGAAUGAGGGAGACGUCUCACGAUGUCCUCAGCCAGAUCCAGUUGCAGCUGUGGACUUCACCCUCGUCCCACAGAACAACAUCCAGCUGUCUUGCCAGCUCCACUCCAACUUGGCACAGGUCGUCUGGCGUUUCUCUGACCAAACACUUCACUCCAACCACAAAUACUACAUCUACAGCGGUGGCCUCCUCAUCUUGAGCGCCUCUGAAUCGGACGCGGGCCUUUACACCUGCGAAUCAGUAGAGCAGAUAAACGGCAGAACGUACAACCGAACUGUGGCGGUUUAUCGUUUACAGCUCUGCUCUGAACCAGGAGUGGGGGACAGCACCACUCCUGGCACUGAGGUGACGAAUUCCUCGGACUCGUCUCCCCCUGUGAACACAGCUGCGCCGGGACCAGAGGACCCGUCGUCCCCUGAGACGCACAGCGACACUGGCAGGGUGACUCGUUUGGAGGUGGCCGUGGGUCUGCUCUCGCUGUUUUGCCUCUGUCUGAUGGGGGUCAUAUAUUGCAUCUGGAGUGGAGGACGCUGGGCGUGCUUCAGAUUCGCGCCGGUGCUCCAGAGCCCCAGCGAGAGCGAGGGGAAGCUGCAGUCGCCAUGUGAAUACAUGCACAUCCAGAACAGGACGUCAGAGGUAAAGCUUCUGGGGCCUGAAUCUGGGAGACCUUGCACAGCCAAUAAUAAUCACACUGCUGUGGACUUCAAAGGGAACGGCGAGCACCACUUCACACCUAUGGCCAACAUUUCAAGUCUGGAUGGUCUCGGAUACAUAAAUGAUGAGUCAGAGAUUUGACUCUGCUGAGUUAUAGGAUUCAGUCGGAGGCCAAUGCCAGUGCACUAAUUAUCUUUCUAUAGGUUCCAGUGUAAGGAUAUAUAUUGGACCUAUCAGGUGAUAGAUUAAUACAAUAUUGCCAGUGCAGUAGAAUAGGUUUUGCUGUUAAUGCUUAACAUAGACAUAUUUACUCAGGGGAAUCAACUUGAUCCAGUUGCCAGCUAUUGUUUCCGGGUUCUUUAUUCCAAAAACAGCCACGGGGCUUUUCUUAGCUGCCCCAUCUCUUCAAUCUCUUCAUUCUCCUCCCAAGAUUUAAUGAGGUUUCAUUUCAUAUUUUUACUUCAGUGUUUCUUACGAGUUCUGCAAUGUUGCUCACAGGUGUAUUUUUUUUUAAUCCCAAACCCAGUUUCUUCCAAUAUGUCUGACUUACACUUCUGAAUAAAUCAAUGUGAUGACA